AUGAAUGCACUCAUCGUCAGUGCUGGCGGUAUCCUGGCUCGUCAGGCAGAGCAGCUCUUGACGAAGGUCGUUAGACCCUUGGGUAACCGGAGGGAAAACUUCCCAGUGAACAUGCUGAGAUUCUCAGCUUCGUCUCGCAGGGCUGUCAGUCCCGUCUCUCUGCGUGUUGGGUAUUGCACACACGUACGGGCGCUGGUGCUUCCCCGUCAGAUCUUGAUAGCACGAGAAGAAAAUGCAAACGAGGCCGAAACGGAUAUAAAUGGAGAAAACAUCGCCUUGGAAAGUAGUUUUGCAGAUAAGACUUACGAGUGGAGCUCAGAGGAGGAGGAGUCCGUGAGGAAGGCAGGACCGGUGCAAGUCCUCAUCGUCAAAGAUGACCAUUCCUUUGAACUGGACGAAGCUGCACUGAACCGCAUCCUCCUCUCAGAGGCUGUCAGAGAUAAAGAGGUGGUGGCCGUGUCUGUUGCUGGAGCUUUUAGAAAAGGAAAAUCAUUCCUGAUGGACUUCAUGCUGCGGUACAUGUACAAUAAGGAUGCAGUGGACUGGGUUGGAGAUUACAACGAGCCUCUGACUGGUUUCUCCUGGAGGGGAGGAUCUGAGCGGGAGACGACCGGCAUUCAGAUCUGGAGUGAGGUUUUCCUGGUGGACAAGCCCGAUGGUAAAAAGGUUGCAGUGUUGCUGAUGGACACCCAGGGGACCUUCGACAGCCAGUCCACCUUGCGGGAUUCGGCCACCGUGUUUGCUCUUAGCACAAUGAUCAGCUCUAUACAGGUUUAUAACUUGUCCCAGAAUGUGCAGGAGGAUGAUCUGCAGCACUUGCAGCUUUUCACUGAGUACGGCCGCCUGGCCAUGGAGGAGACAUUCUUGAAACCUUUCCAGUCCCUUAUAUUCCUUGUUCGCGACUGGAGCUUCCCGUAUGAAUUUUCCUAUGGAUCCGAUGGUGGUGCAAGAUUUCUGGAGAAGCGACUGAAGGUCUCGGGAAAUCAGCAUGAAGAGCUGCAGAACGUCAGAAAGCACAUCCAUUCCUGCUUCACCAAAAUCUCCUGCUUCCUCUUACCUCACCCGGGCCUGAAAGUUGCCACCAACCCGAAUUUUGAUGGAAAACUGAAAGAAAUAGACGAUGAGUUCAUCAAGAACUUGAAGAUUUUGAUUCCUUGGCUUCUUAGUCCCGAGAGCCUGGAUGUUAAGGAGAUCAAUGGAAACCAUAUCACCUGUCGAGGCCUUGUGGAAUAUUUUAAGGCGUACAUAAAGAUCUACCAAGGGGAAGAAUUGCCACACCCAAAGUCAAUGCUGCAGGCCACAGCAGAAGCCAACAAUUUAGCAGCGGUUGCCACUGCCAAAGAUACCUACAGCAGGAGAAUGGAAGAGGUCUGUGGUGGGGACAAGCCCUUCCUUGCACCUAGUGACCUCCAGACCAAACACCUGGAGCUGAAGGAGGAGGCUGUGAAGCUGUUCCGCGGGGUGAAGAAGAUGGGUGGGGAGGAAUUCAGCCGUCGCUACCUCCAGCAGCUGGAGAACGAGAUCGAUGAGCUCUACAUCCAGUACAUCAAGCACAAUGACAGCAAGAACAUCUUCCACGCUGCCCGCACCCCCGCCACCCUCUUCGUGGUCAUCUUCAUCACUUACGUGAUCGCUGGAGUGACCGGUUUCAUUGGCUUGGACAUCAUAGCCAGUCUGUGCAACAUGAUCAUGGGCUUGACACUUAUCACACUGUGUACCUGGGCAUAUAUCAGAUACUCUGGGGAGUACAGAGAACUGGGCGCAGUAAUAGACCAAGUGGCCGCCGCGUUAUGGGACCAGGGAAGCACAAAUGAGGCUUUGUACAAGCUGUACAGCGCGGCGGCCACCCACAGACACCUCUACCAUCACGCCUUCCCCACCCAGAGCCCGGAGCCCCCCCAGGGCGCCGAGAGGAAGAAGGUGUAAGGUGGGUGCGACCCCCCCCCGGCCACGCAGGAGCCCCCCCAGUUCCCACCCCCUGGCUUCCACCCUCCUCCUCGCACCCACCCCCAGCUCCUGCCGCCGCACGGGGAGAGCGGGUCCCGCCGGGACGAGGUGGGCAGGGUUUUCCUCCUGUUAAUAUGUACAUAUCGGUUCUGCUGCCACGACAAAGUGCUUUUAAUUUCUUCCAGCCGGCACCUUCCCAGCUCGUUUAUGAAGCCUUAUGUUUCUCUUCUUAAUUAGUUACGAAUUCACUGAAGAAAAUCUUAAUUUACGUACGAUACCGCAACUAAAAAUCUUCCAGCCCUUAGCGCUAUUCAAACCCCAACUUCUUUUCAGAUAAAAGAACAAGUUAUAAGUGUGUAACCGAGUUGUGUUUUUUUUUUUUUUUUUUCUUCGAUUAUCUAUUUAAUUCCAUAAAUAUCAAUUAAAAAUGUAUUAACUUGCUUCACGGGCAGGGGAGAAGGGCGCUGAUGGGAAAGGGUCCUUCUGUGUUGGUGCUGGAGGCAGCGGGUGUCACUGGUCUGUGUGUCGGGGGGAGCGUGGCCGUGGUUCUGUACAGACACCCCUUCUGUUCUUUUACCCUCACAACUAUUAAAGUUCCCUGUCAGUU